CAUGCAUAUCAGUGCUAGUGUUCACAUAUGCAUGGGAUUAAACCAACUGUUGAUUACCAUGUGGAACAUUUUUGUGAUUAAUUUGGCUUUAUAUAGGGCAUUGGGAUCAGAUGACAUUCAGCACUCAGUGGGAGAUUCUACAACUGAGCCAUGGCAGUCUUUUGCCAUAUUCGUCUAGUGUGUCUGGCCAUGCUGAUGUUGGCUCGUCUGGAGUUUGCCGAUGCUAAUCUUCGGGUGUCGGCAUUACGAGCCAGGGAUCUCCCUGGUGAUGCUUUUGGAAACAAACCCGACGCAUACGUCAAAAUUUGGUGCGGCGCCACUUCUGGGGGGAUGACCGACUUUGAAAAGGGAAAUUCUAAUCCCUCAUGGACUGCAGAAUUCAACUUUCCAAAUGCCAAAGUCAAAGACAACCUGAAGCUGGAGGUGUGGGACAAGGAUAUGAUUAAAGAUGAUAAAUUGGGCACAUGUAUCAAAACGAUCGAAAGCGGUUAUAAAGAUUGUAAUUGUAACCUGGACAAAGGAGGAACUCUGUAUUUCUCCUAUGAGUUGAAAUAAAUCAGUACCACAAGAAGCUCUAUACAAAAGUAAUAAAGAUGUUAAAUAUGCAUAGCA